GAUGGUUGAUUCGAAGGCAUGGAGGAUCAAUAAUCCACGCGCCGUUUCCCCGUUUUGCAUAAUCGCGUCAAGUCGUUCCGCGAUCGCGCCUAAGCAUGCCGUCACGCGGGGAGGACAUCCUCAAGGGCUUUCAAGUUAAUUGGAUGAAUCUGCGCGACGCCGAUAGCGGGAAGAUUCUCUGGCAGGGUAACGAAGACUUAUCCGUACCUGACGUGGAACACGAGGCGCGUGUACCGAAGAAGAUCCUGCGAUGCCGCGCAGUGUCGAGGGAGAUUAAUUUCAGUUCCGCGGAACCUAUGGAAAGGUUUCGUCUGGAACAGAAGGUGUUGUUCAAGGGGCGCUGCCUGGAAGAAUGGUUCUUCGAGUUUGGAUUUGUCAUUCCAAACAGCACUAACACGUGGCAGAGCUUGAUCCAGGCGGCACCAGAGAGUCAAAUGAUGCCAGCGAACGUAUUGAACGGCAACGUCGUAAUAGAAACAAAAUUCUUCGAUGACGAUCUCUUAGUGUCUACCAGUCGAGUCCGUCUCUUCUAUGUCUAAGGCGAUUUCCAAACGGUCCUAAUAAUCGCACUUAACGCGGGACCAACUAGUGUGAACAGACUCUAUGUGAAAAUAGAACAACGCACGUGUGAAAAAUUUCUUACAAGCUACGCGGUCCUUUAUAUCAGACACUUCUUAUGCGUACAUUACUGAUACGAUAUUGACAAUCUCAUACGUUUGUAGAAAUCUACAUACGUGGAGUCACGCAAAUCGAUAAAAAAUCAUUAACUUUUAUUAAAAAUUAUUAAGUUUUAAGCAACUGCAUUUUUCAAACGAGGCCUAAUGUACCUAGAAUAUGUUUUUCACUCUUGAGAACGUAAGGGAUGUGACCUGCACUGCUGAAGCACGUAAUUUAGUUAUUUGUUAAGUAUAAACGCAAUAAGUUUUGUACAUAUUGUAAUACACUACACCGCGAGCAAUAAAGUUUAAGAAAAAAGUUA